AUGCCUGGUGAUAUUUAUUCGUUGGACAGGGCAGUGAAGAGUAAGAAGAAAGGAGUUCCACAGGACGUGGUAGAGGAAGCGGAGAGGAUAGAGGAGAAGAACUAUGAGAGGGCAAGGAACAUCCGGGUGCAGAUUGACGAGUCUGCGCUGAAGCAGAGGGCAACGACGGAGGAGAUGAUGAGGCAGGGAGAGACGCUGCAGAAUGCAAAGAAGUCUGCGUUGGAGAUAAACAGAAAUGCAAUACGUGGUGCGGAGCUUACUGAGGAUAUUGAGAGGGAAGGGCAUGUGUUUAGCUGUGAGCUGCCGUGUGUGCGGGCAAUAAAGCGAUGGCUGCAUAGGAACCGGGGGGAUGUGUCUGAUGUUGCGGGAUCAAGGGAGGUGGGAGAUGUGGACGAAGAGAGUAGAGAGGCAGUGAUGUUUGCGGAGGAAGGAGAAGAGUAUGUGAAAGGGCAGAACAAAACGGAUAAGGAGAUGGUGGGGAUACUGAAUGCGGUGAGGCAGGUCAAUAAGGAGGCAAAGAGACAGAACAGGGAGAUUGAAAGGCACAAGGGGAUUGUUGAUGACAUAUCGAUAAUUAACGAGCGGUCGGAGAAGGUUAUUAAGGACACAGACAAGGAGCUGAACAAGAUGGAGUGA